AUGCGCCGAGCCGCUCUCAACAAGUCAAAGAACCGAUCACUCGACAUACCUCCGCCGGUCGCAAACUCGACAUCACCGAUUGCUGAUUCGUCUGUGAAUGUUGUCGAGGCUCUCCGGUGGGAUGAGGCCUUCCAGACCGAUCACCACCAACUUGUCAAUGCCGUAGCCAUUGACGACGACACUCACGACAUCGAGACAUAUUCACAGCCUCACGGCAGCCAGUCCCAGUAUAAUAAUACCACCUUCUCCACUCCCGACCAGUCCUAUGCCGUUCCGGAACCCGUGAUCGAUUCGCCCAUGACAGAUGCGCUCCCCGCCGAAGUUGACACCAUCUCCGCCAUCUCCGCCACCACUACGGCUUGUUUCGCUGUAGGAACCUCCGAUUCCACAAGUUUCACCACAUCUGGGUUUAUCCAUCAAAACAACUACAGUCAAUACACCUCAAACACAUAUGCCCAUGCCUACAACUCUGAAUCAGAACCUCUUGAACCCGAUUCCAAUUCAGAGUCCGACUUAGAUCAAGAUCAAAAUCAAGAGGAGGGAGACGAUAUUGACCUUGACUUGGAAGGUUCUGUCCACGCGCCUCAAUCAGACGAUUCCUGGACCUCUCCUACACAUUUUGACUUGCUCUCCGACUAUAUUCCACAUUACCAAAACCUUGGCUAUGAUGCUGAAAUGAGCGACAGCGAAGGUGGAGCCCCCUUGAACGACGAUACUUUUAGUGAACCUCAACAUCAAACAGACGACCAAUAUUCUCUUCCACAGGAGAACAAUGACGAGACGGAUACCGUCACGACUCCAGUCAACUAUAUCUCGCACACUUUCCUAUCGCUACCCACUGGAGCCGACACUAUAAUCAUGGACGCCGUUCCACCACCAGCACCAUGGGUCAUCAUGCCUGGUGAUAAUACGGCCGAGCCGCCUCAGGCUCAAAUUCCCGAGCCAGCAAGCCCAAUUGGACUUCCCUUUAUCAGUAAUCCUAAUCCGGCCAUGUUUGGGUCUGAAAACUUGGGCUUGGUCGAUUUUCUAAGGCACUGGGCAUACCAGGCCCGAUUUGCUUCAUCGUCCCUUGCGCCACGACUGAACGCACCCUGCCCAGAAGACAUCCGCCGUCAAGCACAUAAACCCCCUCGAGAGAUCUGUUACAAUGAUCUUCUUGGCGAUCGAUGUGAUAUGCAGGGCUUGGACUGGGAUUCCAUGAAUACCACUCGGAGGUAUGCACGUCAGAGACGCGAUGACACUUUCAAGAAUUACGUCAACAAGGACGGCUCGGAUAGAUGGAGUCCUCACAUGGUUGACGUUGACAUUCCGUCUUCGGAUAAUUUUAUGAGAUUCAAGAGAUACAUUGUUCGUCAGGAUGUCUAUCUUGCUCAUUUUCAGCUUCGUAGUGUCUUGGCUUGUCCAUCGACAUCACAGGCUUACUACCCUCGUGGCGAAGGAGUCAACCGCAUCAAUCUCGCCUCAGGGCAAACAGAAGUUGCGCUUCACAACAAUCAUAUGGCUGGUCUUGGGACUCUCAUUUCUACCCUUGACGCAAACCACGGCGCCAUGUUCGCAGGAACCUUUAACGGCGAGUACUACCUCAAAAGUUUGGAUUCCAACGAUAAGAAGGACUACUCCGAAGGGACCAUCACUGAACAUCUGGGAGGCAUCACCAAUCAUGUUCAGAUUUACAAGCCUCGGCAGUCCUCCGGACCCAUUGCUGCCAUCUCUAGCAACGACCAUGGAUUUCGUCUUAUGGAUCUCAAUACACAGAAAUUCGUGAUGCAGAGCAGGUAUCGAUUUCCGCUCAACUGCUCACGCAUCUCUCCCGAUGGCCGACUAAGAGUCAUGGUUGGGGACGACUUCAAAGUUCUCAUCACCGAUGCCAUCACCGGUGAGAUUCAGCAAGAACUGUCCGGACACCGUGAUUAUGGUUUUUCUUGUGACUGGUCUGACGACGGCUGGACAGUAGCUACCGGUUUUCAGGACAAGGGUGUCAAGAUUUGGGAUGCUCGCCGCUGGUGUGAUUCGAGGGGAGUGAGCACCCCCCUGUGCACUAUCCGGUCUGAGAUGGCAGGAGUACGAAAUCUGCGCUUCUCCCCAGUUGGUAGCGGUGAAAGAGUGCUCGUCGCUGCAGAGGAGGCCGACUAUAUUAACAUCAUCAACGCCCAAACAUUUGGCAAGAAGCAGACCGUCGACAUUUUUGGCGAGAUCGGUGGCGUUGCUUUCACAAAUGACGGGCAAGACCUCAAUGUGCUAGUGAGCGACCGAGAUCGUGGUGGUCUCCUCCAGCUCGAACGAUCUGGCCUUGGACCUGAGCCUUACUUCCACAAUUCCUGGCGCCGCUAUCAUGACCAUGCAACAGAUCAAUGGCGCUAUCGAAGUGACGGGUUUUCACAUCUUGGUGAGCCCUGCCAACGCAGACAUAUAUCAACAGACGCUUUGCCUAUCUUCUAA